UACGAAAACCGCAUGUGCUUAUAUUUCCAUCGCAUCGCAAAACAUCUUUCGCUACCAACGAAAGCGGUGUUUUGCUAAAUUGUAUCGCUUUUUGUUGGAAAUUUUGCUAAAAAGUUAGUUAAGCAAAACCAACCAUGGACGUCGAUGUCGCCGUUGAAACUAUUCCGCCAGUGUCAACUUUGCAGGAUGAACGGAAGAAGAAAAUUGUGAAGAAAUCCGGUGAAAUGAGGAAGGUGUUUAUUCCACGCACACGUAAAACUGCACUCAAAGAACAUUGGAUGAAAAUAUUUACACCAGUUGUAGAGCAAUUGCUGCUAAUGAUACGAUACAACGUUAGACAGAGCCAGGUGGAAAUAAAGCUAACUGCUGAAACACCGGACCCGACAUACCUGCAGAAGGCUGCUGAUUUCGUUCGUGCCUUUGCACUCGGCUUCGAGGUGGAAGAUGCUCUAGCACUAAUUCGUUUGGACGAUCUGUUCAUCGAAAGCUUUGAUGUAACGGAUGUGAAGGCGCUCAAGGGUGAUCAUCUUAGCCGUGCGAUCGGACGACUUGCCGGAAAGGGUGGACGAACCAAAUUUACGAUAGAAAACACGACCAAAACCCGCAUCGUACUGCAAGGCUCGAAGAUUCACAUCAUGGGUAGCUACAAGUACAUCCAGCAUGCCAAACGAGCCCUCAGUCAUUUGAUUCUGGGCUCACCGGCCAGCAAGGUGUACGGUAAUUUAAGAUCGGUAGCCGCAAAUCAAAACUCUCAACGAAUGUGAAGGAAUCCAAUGAAAAGUUUCUACUGAUGAGUAAUCUAGCUAUUUAAGAAAGUUGAUAAUUUACAAUCGUAUGGAUGUAAAUAACUGCUACGAAAACGGAAGUUUGUGAGUGGAUAAUGCCUGCGGAACAUGUAAUAUAGUUUUCGUAACAAGGAAAAGCGAAUGAACAGGAACAGCAGGAAGGAAUGAAUAAACAACAUUAAUUUAAA